UUCUAACUCUUGAGUUUGAAGUUCAAAACUGAUUAAAGGUCAAGUUUCUCAAUCAAUUAAACUUAAGAAGAAAGAAGAAGAAAGCCUUUUGAUUUACAGAGCUUAUCUGAUAUUACAAGAAUGAGGAGGAGACCCGGAAUUGGUGGUUUACAGACGGCCGCUGCUACUAGGGACCAGUAUCGAUUGGUCGGAGAAAAUGUGGCCAGGAUUAAAACUGAUCUCAUGAAGGAACAGCUCGCUACUUUCCGUUCUCAAUUGGAGGAUUUUGCUCGCAAACACAAGAAUGACAUUCGUAAGAACCCUGCAUUCAGAUCGCAGUUCCAUGAGAUGUGUUCGAAAGUUGGAGUGGAUCCUUUAGCCUCAAACAAGGGAUUUUGGGCAGAGCUACUGGGGAUUGGAGACUUCUAUUAUGAACUUGGUUGGUACUGAUUGUGUUUAUUCCUGGCACUUUAUUUUUGAAAGUACUUUGAGCCUUACCACCAUAGUAAAUGUAACUCUGUCUAUAUAGUUGAGUGGGUAAUGAGAAUUCUGUAGUGCUGUUGUUGCAGUUAUUUAAUGAAAUCUGGUCCUGUGUAAGUUGUGAGACUGUAAUGCUACCUUCUAGUAAUUCUUAAAGAACUCUCAUUCUUGACUAAUUCCUUACUGAUCUGAUAGAGGUUCUGCUCAUGCAUGUGGUUUCUAAGGCAUGGUGUACUUAUGUUGUAUUACAAGACUAUCUCUUUGUGCUUUCAUUUCCUGUCUGUGAAUUCUUUUCAUGUAGAGUGUAUUAUCUGAACUAAAGGUAGAUUUCACUGUCCUAAUAAUUCACUUGUUUCUUCAUUUAGUUGUGGAUGAGCUAGAAUAAUGGUUGCAAACUUGAAUCAGGAAUUGUAUGUCAUCACUGGUUUACAUGCCUGAUCAUUCCA